GAUGACUCAUGUGCCCUGACUGUAGUGUCCAUGUAAAAGAAAACCAGCACUGAGAUUAGAUCAACAACAAGACUGCACAGCCUAGCUUCUUCCUCUGAGCCUGUCAGUGUCUGAAGUAUGGAUCCUAAUCACCACCAGAGAAACCACCUGAACUCCAGGAGGGACACUCCCCUGACACCUAAUGUGUCUGGAAAUGACCAAACAGCUGAUAAUCUGAACAGAAAUCCUCCUGACGGCGGAAAUCCACAAGCGACAGACAGACAGCCUCAGUACUCAGGUGGAUUCACCAUGAUUCCACCUAAUGCAGCUCAGCGAAGCAAGAUGAAAAUGAUGGCUCAAAAAGAAGAGGAGGAGCUUCAGAGAUUGAAAGAGACACACAGAGUCACUUCUGUGCACGUGAAUCCAGAGAGGCUGGGUGGUAAUGUAACACAGGCUGAAGCCAGACAGAAGCAGUUUACAGACUUCCGUUGCUCCAAACUGCAGAAGAAGCUGAGACAAGAAGAGCUGGACAGGAAGAAGAGACAAGAAGAGGAGGAGAAGCUUCAAAAGAUGAAAGCCGAACAGAGGGAGAAGAGUGAGCGCCUGGAGGAGAGGCACCGACAGGAGGAGCAGAGGAGGAGGGAGCAGCUCAGUCAGGAUCACCUCAGAACGAUGGAGAAUUUUCUGCAGAGGUUUGAGACGAGAGCCCCGGUUCCACAGGCAUCCAGCAGUGGCACUCACAUGUCAUCCAGGAGUGAGAGAGAGAAACAGGAGAAAAGUGUGAGAGAAGUGCAGCUGGAACACAAGAGGGUGAACUCAGCCUUUCUGGACAGACUCGAGGGCCGAGGCAGAGGGAGCGAGAAAGAGACAAAGAGGGAAGGCGUUCAGGAGGCAGCGCGCCCCUGUUUGGCCUGUGAGGAUUUAACACAGCAGCUGUCUACAACAGCUGGACAACAACUGCCCUCUGCUCACCUGAACCCAGAUCCACAUCAGAGCUGCCAUGGCUGGACAGAGGAAACUGACCCGGAGCCCGACUAUGACUGGGCCUUGAUGAAACUGAUGAACAGCUUUCCAGACUGCAGCAAUGUCUUCCUAGAGGACAUCCUCGACCAGUGCAACGGCGACUAUGAGCAGGCCUACAAGCUACUCUCUUUAGCACUCAGUUAAAUUUGAUGUUUCUUUGACAGGAUGACUGUCUUGUCUCAGUACUGUGUUUGGUUCUUUAGAAGUUUGGCCAAAGAAAAUUUGCAAUUAGCGUUGAGCUGCUAGCUAGAAGUCAGUGGUGGAUACCUUACAUACGUACGGAGCAGUAUGUGCUUCUUGUAAUGUGUUUUUGAUUAUGCUAUUAAUCAUUGAGUGUUUGGUGUCUUGUAUCUGUCUGCAUGCACCAGUGAGUCAUGUUGGGGUUUUGCCCUGACAUGGAGUUGAAUUGAUGUUCGUUUUCACCAGUUUAGUUUAAGGUCAUCGCCAUGACUCACAAUCUUCAGAUCAUAUUUGGGGCUCUUAAUUAAAUCCGUGUGUGCAGAUGGAAGAAAACUCGACCCAAAUACAUGAUGCUUUUUGUUUGUUUUAUAAUCAAAGUCACAUGUGUUGCAUCUAUAGCAGGAUUCUUCGGGACAACAAAAGAUGCAAACCCAGAUAGGAUUUUCUGUAGAAAGGCCUUUUAUGAUUGGUUUCAGUUCAAAGUCACAAUAGCUUUAGAGGACUUCAAUAAAACACCUUUGUGUUAACUCCUGUUGUUUCAGUUUGUUGUAUCCACAAAAAAAAACAACAACAAAAAAACAAAACGGGUGCGGUUUCCAGGUGGGCAGUGUGCAC